GAUGCUGGGGUUGCCCGGACUGGCGUCGAGCGCUCCGCGCAGCUUUUAAAGGCGGAGGGCGGGGCCGGCGGAACCAGAGGUCCGGGCGCGUGCGGUGCUACCCUAGCUAGGGUCCACGGCAGACUAACAUGGCUGCUACUCUGAAACCUGUCAUCUUGGAUAAUGUAAAUCUGUGUUUGUCUAAACCAGAAAGCUUUACAACUUGAACUAUAUCAGUAUACCUUAAAGCAGCAGCCCCUGGGCCCCUUUUAGCGUGGACACAGGUGGCCAAAAUGGCUGAAAAUGGAGAGGGUGAAAAUAUGUCUAACCUGGAAAACAAAAUCUGUCAGCAAAUUGAGUACUAUUUUGGUGAUCACAAUCUACCAAGAGACAAGUUCCUAAAGGAGCAGGUCAAACUGGAUGAUGGCUGGGUGCCUUUAGAAAUAAUGAUCAAAUUCAACAGGUUAAGCAGUCUCUCAAAAGACUUCAAUGUUAUAGUAGAAGCACUGAGAAAAUCUAAAGCUGGACUUAUGGAAAUAAGUGAAGACAAAACUAAAAUCAGAAGAUCUCCAAGCAAACCCCUCCCUGAAGUGAAUGACCAGUAUAAAAAUGCAAUUAAAAACAGAUCUGUAUAUAUUAAAGGCUUUCCAACAGAUGCAACACUUGAUGAUAUCAAAGAAUGGCUAGAAGGUAAAGGCUCAGUAGAAAACAUUCAAAUGAGGAGAACAUUGAGUAAAACAUUCAAGGGAUCAAUUUUUGCAGUAUUUGAUAGUGUUGAAUCUGCUAAGAAGUUCACAGAAAUACCAAACCAAAAGUACAAAGACACAGAGCUGAUUGUGCUUUUCAAGGAGGAGUACUUUGCAAAGAAGAAUGAAGAGAGGAAACAAAACAAAAUAGAGGCUAAAGCAAAGGCAAAACAGGAGAAAGAAGAAAAACAGAAGCAAGCAGAAGAUGCUGAAAUGAAAUCACUGGAUGAAAAGACAGGAUGCUUGCUGAAAUUCUCUGGCGACCUAGAAGAUCAGACUUGCAGAGAAGAUCUCCAUGCAGUUUUCUCUGACCAUGGAGAAAUUAAAUGGAUAGACUUUGUCAGAGGGGCAAAGGAGGGGAUUAUCCUAUUUAAGGAUAAUGCAAAAGAAGCACUGGAUAAAGCCAAAGAAGCAAAUAAUGGGAACUUACAGUUGCGCAACAAAGAUGUCAUAUGGGAGGUGCUGGAAGGAGAUGCAGAGAAAGAAGCACUGAAAAAAAUCAUGGAGGGUCAGCAAGAAUCAUUAAACAAAUGGAAAGCAAAAGGUCGUAAAUUUAAAGGUAAAGGAAGAGGUGGCAAAGUACCCCAGGGCUCACAGAACAAAGGGAAAGUACAGUUCCAGGGCAAGAAAACAAAAUUUGAGAGUGAGGAUGAAGAAGGUGAAGAGAACACUAAAACAGGGCCAGCAAGUCCCAAGAAAAGACCACUAGAAGAGACUGAAAAAGAAGAACCUGCAUCAAAACAGCUGAAAACAGAAAAUGGAGCUGGAGAUCAGUAAUACAGUUUUAAAAAGCACUGAGUUUUUAUUAAUCCAUUUUAAAUAGGUUUUAAGACAGUCCUCAGUUUGGAAGUUUUUCAAAGGAAAACCUUAUUAAAUCCACUUCAAUAUCCACCUGUAAUGAGAGGAAAGCUUUUUUUAUUUUGUGAAUUUUUUUUCCCACAGAUGCAUGCUUACUUUAACAUGCCAACUUGGGUAUUUUUUUAUAUUUAUAGUUUUGCUUAUACUGUCUGAUCCUCUCAGUAUUUCUCGCAUUUGAGUCAAAUGUAUAAAGGGAGGGUCUAUCCCUGAAUCUGACUGUAAUUUUGAAGUUGUAUGAAAAACACCAAUAAAAUUCCAUAUUUAAAAAUCAUGGACCAUUGAA